ACAUAUAUAUAUAUAUAUAAACGUGCGUGCAACGAAAAAGAGAAAAAGAGAGAGAAAGAGAGAGAGAGAGCGAUAAGAUAUCGUCGAUAUUCCAUCGACGGGUUCUUUUUUUUUUGUCUCGGCCAACGGAAAAAGAAGACGUCAAAAGGGUACGAUAGAAGGAAGAAAACAUUUUUGAAGAGGUGGCGGAGGAGGAGGUGAAGAAGAAAAAGAAGAAGAACAAGUGAGAGUGAGAGGGGAAAAAAAAUAAAAGAAGCGAAUCGCCGCGUUGGAACACGCGCCAGGAAUUGUCUCUAAUACUAAAAGCGUGUUUUCUUCCGCAAAGGGGCGCGCGCGCGCGCGCAAUCAUCGUCGUAUAUACACAUCCAUUCGCCGCAUUCAAGAAAGGAAAAGUAGAAAAAGUGUGCAAAAAGGACGACAAUUUCGUUGGCUAAAUCCGUUUGUAAAAGGGGGAAAGAAAAAAAAAACCGAAAUAGAUAAAGAGAAAGAUACGAAAGAAAUAAAGAGAAGAUUAGGAGAAAAAAAAAGAUCUUCACGUAGAGAACGAGUCACGAUCACAUCUCUAUAUUUCAUUGGUGGUCUUCGAUUCGAAUUGAUUUUUCGCGAACUCGAAGAGAAAAGAAGAGAACAAUAAAGAGAAGAGUAGAAAAGAGAAGGGAAAAGAAAAAGAAAAGGAUUAAGUUAGAACGAAGGAGAGAAAGAGAGAGAUUGAUCCUCGUUAUUUUCUUCUCCUGUUUUUCUUUUCCCAUCGCGACGGAAUUUACGUAAAGGGAGGAGAAAGGAAAGAAAGAGAAACAAACAAAAAAAAAAAAUAAUAAAAAGGAAAGAAGAGUAAAGACAAAAAAAGAAGGAUUUAAUAUUAUUAAUUAUUGCUAUUAUUAUUAAUUACACUUGUAUAUUUUUGUUUGUAUGAAAAAAAAAAAAAAAACAAAAAAAACAAAAAAAGAUUCCUGAAGUGUGUUUUCUAUACGAUAUAACAGAUACAUAAAUAUAGAGUAUAUAAGUAUAUACAUAUAUACGUACAUAUAUAUAUAUAUAUAUAUAUAUAUAUAUCAUUAUAAUUAUUAUUAUCAAUUGUCGAGUCACCAAGAGGAGAUACGCGCGAUAGUUUGCCAGCUGGUAUAGUGUGGUGAUAACGAUCGUCGAUUUAUUAAUUUUGCUUAAGGAAAAGUGGAAAAAUAUAAAGUGAGAGAGAUAGAGAUAAAGAGAGAAAAAGAACGAGCGAGCGAGCAAGAGAGAUAGAGGCUUGCUACGACGUGUGUUUAAAAAAUAACAAAAUAAAAUAAAAAAAAAAAAAGUAAAAAAGAAAAAAAAUAUAAGAACGGCCCAAGAAUGGUGCCACAACAGCAGGACAGCCCUUCGAGCUCGGGUAUACCGAUGUUUGGAUCUUUACUUGUGGAUAAAAAUUCGGCCACGCCGUACUCGGAUGCUACACAGACAAAAAAGAACAAUCCGAAUCACAUAAAACGGCCGAUGAACGCGUUCAUGGUCUGGUCACAGAUCGAACGCAGGAAGAUAUGCGAGGUCCAACCGGAUAUGCACAAUGCCGAAAUCAGUAAACGACUUGGUAGACGUUGGAAAACAUUGGACGAGGCUGAGAGGAGACCUUUCAUCGAGGAGGCUGAGAGAUUAAGGCAAUUACACAUGAUGGAAUAUCCGGAUUACAAGUACCGACCACGGAAAAAGACAACGAAACCAGCGCCGGCGCCAAAAACUAAAGAAUCCGCCGGUAAGAAACCGAGGAAAUCGUCAACCUCCUCAAAUUCCUCAUCUUCCUCUUCCUCGUCUAUUGGCGGUUCCACGCCAUUAUCACAUUCGAAAUCGCGGAACGACACAAACAACAACACGCAGACACCAUCGUUGAAGAGGUUGCAGGCUCAACCGAGCACGAAGCCAGUUUCAAGGUUGAAGGUCAGAUUGGCCCUUAACAAGAGGCCUCUCGACUAUACACCAGCUCCACCGAUCGUCACGGCUAAAGUACCAAGCAGUCCGUCCUGCGACACGCCGGAUUCUCCAGAGUCUGCUAGCUUUUACGACGACAAUUAUCACGAUAAUGGUCCAGCCGCUGUGGCGGCCGCAGCUGCAGCCGCAGCCGCGAUUGUUGGCGGUGGUUCGCAUGCCGGUUUACCACCCCCUUUACCAUCUACCAGCUCGUUACUUGCCACUAAGAUCAAGCAAGAGUCCGCAUCGAUCAUGGAUAUGGAUUACAAGACGACAUCGACGACGAAUACCGCGACACCGACUACCAGCUAUACGAAGGACAGACUUUUAUCAUCCGUCAGAGGAGCUGAAUCAUUUUCUACCUCCUCCUCCUCAUCAUCCUCUUCCUCCUCCUCCUCCUCUUCAAAUAUCUCCUCAUCGUCCUCCUCGUCGCUCUUAAACUCCGACGUCGACAGUCUCGGCAGGAGCACCACCACGGUUAGAUCAUCCACACCGUGCCAUCUCGAUCAUCAUCAACAACAGCAACAACAUCCCUUCUCCAUCAAAGAGGAACCCUUGGAUCCGACUCUCGCCACGGCAACGACGACAAUUGGCACGAGUCUUACAUCUUCCUCAUCCACCUCCUCGACAUCCUCUACGAAUAGUACCGGAUCCAUCAAGCUCGAGGAAGUAUCAGGAAGUAAUCCAAGCCUAGCCGAUCUCUAUUCUCUUACCGAUCUCUUACAAAUACAACAGUCCGAUUUCAAGCUGGACCUCGACAUGGAGACAAUUACGACCGAUCUUGACACAUUCGAAACUGCUAGCUCGAGUAGCGGUUCGCACUUUGAAUUUUCUUGCAUGCCCGAUGUCACGGACAUGUUGUCUAAUAUAGGGGUCAGUAACGAGUGGGUUAGCUUUUGAGUUAUCUACGACGAUGACGACUACCUCUCGAUCAACGCGUCGAUCGAUUUUCUUACGUCUAUUAAAAAAAAGCAUAUAUAUUUUAUCCCUUAUCCGGUUAACCGAAAGCGGACUCGACGAUCUCGAUUUCUCCAAACUACGAGUCUCCUCGGAUCACCUUUCCGAAAAAAGCACAUCUAUCAACCGCAUAGCGCACCACCAUCAUUAACGUUCUCUCUCUGUCUCUCUCUCUCUCUCUCUUUCUCUUUUUCUUUUUCUGUUAUUAUCUAUUUGUGCCCCGUCAUCUUUUACGGUUUAAAGGGACAGGACGAUUAAAGCGGCCGACACCAGACGUCAUUCUUUUACCAAACAUAUUUCAACUCGUUCUCAUGCUGCUUCGAGGCGUUUCGAAAAGAAGGAAAAGGAGUAAGGUAUAGAGGGUGCAGGGUAGUGGGAGGUGGAAGAAGGUGAGAGGGGACAGGGGCAGGGUUGAGGGAGGUAGUAUGCCUUAGGGACGACCGGAAACGGCCAUCGAGAGAGUAUAUGUAUAUAAAGAGGGUCUGGAAAAGAGGCACCAGCUGUGUUCUCCCUUUGCUCUUUCUCUUCUUCCGGUACCCCCUCCGAUUUAUCCUUCAUAGUUAUCUCUCUCUCUCUUUCCUUACUUCGUCCAUGGAAUUCUUCGUACCCUCGUCGUCGUCGACCGAAUUUAAACCCACGGUCAGCUGAUCGCCAGCUGGUGCGGACUACUCGAAUUCCUUCUUUUCAUGUCCCUCGGAGAAAAUUAUCGUGAGAUCGAAAACGUGAGAGAGAGAGAGAGAGAAAGAGAGAGAGAGAGAGAGAGAAGGAGAGAGAGAGAAAGAGAUCAAGAGAGAAAAAAGAGAGAAUGUGUAAACAUGAAAAAUAAGAUUCUCUCUCUCUCUCUCUCUCUCUCUCACACUGUUUCUCUUUCUGGUAAAUUAGAUUGAACAUCCAACAUGUAGGUGGUGCUGCUCUUCUUCCUAUAACCUUCUCCUCCUUUUUAUAUACCACCAUCCUUAUUAUUUGUCGACGCGGAAAUCACCGAAACUGCCGUCACCAAUAACCACAACCAAUCAAUCAACCAUCACCACCACCACCACCACCUCCUCCUCCAUCUUUUCCAAGCCGAUUCUCACCGUCGUUGGUUACUCUGUUCAACAAGAAAAAAACAUACUUGAUCCCAAGAUGAUUAACUUCGACGUAUAAUGAAAGAUUUCAAAUCGAUAUGUUCUUUUGUUCUUAUUUUGUAUAUGUAUUUGUAGCAUAUUAGCAAGUAAGUUAGAACUUUUUUCUUUUUUUUUUUUUUUUCACGAUUUAUAUGAUCGCGGAUAGAGAAAGAAGUGUGUUAUUGUCAGGAGCCAGCCGAGCAGUAAAACGAUCCUCGCGACGAGGACGAUACGACGAUGAUGAUAUUGAUAAUAAUAAUGAUGAUGAUGAUAAUGACAAUGACGAUGAUGAUGACGAUGGUUAUGACGAUGACGAAGAUGAUUACGACGAUAAUGAUAAUGAUAAUUAUGAUAACGGCGUAGACGACGACGACGACGACGACGACGACGAGGAUUCGUGAGCUUUCCUUUUUUACCAUGUAUUUUUUUUCUUAAUGAUUUCAAACAGAUCUUACGAUCAUUUCGUUCGUUUUGCUUUUACUUUUACUUUGUCUUUUCUUCUCUUUUUCUUUUGCUCUCUUUUUUCUUCUUUUUUUUUUUUUCUUUUUUCCCUAAUACCUCCGCGACGGUCGGAAGAGAGAAAAACAAAUGUGUUUACGAGGGAAGGGGAAAGAAAGAAAAAAAAAUAUAUAUAUAUAAAUCAAAUCGGUCCACUUGUUUCCACGUCUCGCGGUGAUGAUCGUCGCUCGAACGGCUCGAAACCCCCUUCUGUUGUGUAUAUCUCUUUUUUUUCUUUUUUUUUUUUUUUAGAUAUAUAUAUAAAUAUAUAUAUAUAUAUUUAGUAAUAUAUUAACUCUCUUAUACUUAGUGUGUAUAAAACGCCAAAACCGAGAGGGAGAACAGGCGAUUAUAUAUGUCGCUUAAGACGGACUAAGAAAACUUUAUCAAACUUCGUUUUUUCAUAUACGUUUUCUUCAUAUUCUUAUUAUUAUUAAUAUUAAUAUUAAUAUUAUUAUUAUUAUUAUAUUAUUAUUAUAUUAUUAUUAUAUUAUUAUUAUAUUAUUAUAUUAUAUAUUAUAUUAUUAUUAUUAUUAUUAUUUUAUUUUAUUUUCUUCGAGUUUCCUCUUUUAUAUAAAUGCGUUGAAGCCCGCCGAAGGAGCAGCAAUAGAAAGAGAGAGCCAAUGAUUUUAAAAAAGUAUCUUUUUGCGACACGAACGAUCUGACUCUCUCUCUCUCUCUCUCUCUCUCUCUCUCUCUCUCUCCUUUUUUAUAUCUCUAUCUCUAUCUCUAUCUCCAUCUCUAUCUAUAUUUCUAUCUCUAUCUUCAUCGUUUCUCAAAUGACGAAAUGAAUGUUCGUUUCUUUUUUUUUUAUUUUGUUUUUGUUUGUUUAUUUGCAUUUUCUCUUUGUUUCAUUCUGUUUCUUGAAAUUGUUUCGAAAAUAUGAAAAAGUUUAAUACAAUGCUAUUUCGACGGACUUCCGCGUUCUGCUAUCGUUGUUUAAUGCUAUCAUCAAUAUAUUAAUGAUAACGAACGAGUUAACCUAUCAAGAUUCUUUUUGUAUGAGAUAUGAUAAAGUCGCAAACACAAACACACAGCUUUUUCUUUUUCUUAUGUUUUCUUUUUCCGGUGUUUCUUUUUUUUUCUUGUAAUCAUUACGUCCGAUAAAAAGCCUUUUACGAUCUCAUAUCAUCUGUGGCUUUGUAAUAUGUAAUAUAUUUACAUAUAAUGUGUAUAUUCUCUUUCUCUCUCUUUCUUUGGUGUAUAUAUAUAUAUAUAUAUAUAUAUAUAUAUAUAUAUAUAUAUCGAACAAGAGAGAUGAUGAUAUACAAGAAUAAAGAGUAAGAGAGAAAGUAAUCAAGAGAGAGAGAGAGAGAGAGAGAAAAUUAAAACGUUUUGAGUUUUAAAUCAUACAAUUAAAUCAUAGAAUUUCUCAUCAAUUUCUUUCCAUCACGUAAAUUUUUACGUUAAUUAUCUAAGACGACGAGUCAUCGAAGCGUGUCUGUGUUAGAAAAGAAAAAGCGCGCUAAUCAAAACUUUGAUCUCACAUUCUUAUUAACAAUUUUUAUGAGAUAUCGCAUUAAGCAUUUUCUUCAUUUUUUUUUUUUCUUUCGUAUAAUUAUUAUUAAUCGUUAACGAUUAUAGAUUAAUUUUAUUUUAUACAAC